UCAAAAUGUCAGUCUUGUCAAGUCCAGGCGCGUGGCCCAAAUGUGGAUGUGCGUAGGGGCUCGGGCGUGGACGGCGUUUGGGAAUCCCUGCGUGAUGUGCGCAAGAGCUGCAGCGCAACUUCGGGUGGCGCCAGAGCGCAAGGGAAGAAGGAGUGGGUGAACAGAGCCCCACGCAACCCAUGGGCUCAUCCGCCUGGAGAACCACUCUGUGGCUGCGGCCGUCCCUCUCAUCCAGUCAGACGAUGCGCGGACGUCUUCGGCGGGUGGUCGGACUCACCACCUGUCGGGAACGGUGAACGAGCUGCGUCGCUGACGACCGCGCGCCGAACUCUCCAACGUUUCCAUUGGGAAGCGAUAACCAUUUUUAAUUUGUGUCUGUGUGUGUGUGUGUGUGUGUGUCUGUGUGUGUGUGUGUGUGUGUGUGCGCGCGAGUUCCCCGCAUUAGUGAAAUACACACGGGCAAGUUUGUCUGACCGGCCGCGCGGGAGAAAGUGAAACGCGCACAUCAAACUGGCAGUGGUGAGAUUAUAAACGGAGUCUCUGUUGCGCCCCGGGAGGCUCCGACCCCUCCUCGCUUUGAAGAUUAGAGGGCUGACCGGGUCUGAAGGACACUAAGAACAGGAUUAGGUGUUGUGCAGGCGAACCUACUUCACUCAUCACUCCUACAUCCCGUCCUCUGCGUAUUUGCGCAGUGACCUUUGGGACACUUGGAAAUACGGCGGGUGCGCCCCGAGGUCUGCGAGGAUUUGACUAAAGAUCAGGAUGUGGUGUGAGCACAGGAACUCAAAUAAGGUGGGCAGGCAGUGAGGCUUGACAGAAGAUGCGACGGGGGUGGUGGCUUGUCAGAUGGCUGGGGACAGGAAUGGCAAUCCUCUCUUUGCUAACCCACAGCUGGGGCCAGGACACAGAAGACUGGCAGUACGAGGAAUGUAAGCUGUCCCGGCCUGGCCCCCCUGCAACCAUCGUCACCAUCGACGAGGAGAGUCCCAACGGUACAGUUCUGGUGGAAAACAUGCAGAUAAACGGUCGAGCCCAAGACCCGGGAAGAACCAUCUCGCUGACAUUGCUGGACAACUAUGAUUACUGGGUGAUACUAGAACCAUCAAGACAGAGGCUCUACCUCAACAGCACCGGACGCGUUCUGGACAGAGACCCCCCCAACUACAUCACCACCAUUGUGGUGCAGCUCCAGUGCAUCAACCAGCUGGUUGGUACUGUCAUCUUUCACGAGGUGCGGAUAGUUGUGCGGGACAGGAACGACAACACUCCUCGCUUUCAGCAGCCUCGCUACUAUGUUGCAGUAAAUGAGCUCACCCCAGUUGGAACGACCAUUUUCACCGGCUUUGCAGGAAAUAACGGUGCUACGGACAUUGACGAUGGGCCCAAUGGACACAUAGAAUACAGCAUCCUUUACAAUCCCAAUGACCCGGCUUCUAACAGAACAAUGAGUGUCGCAAACACCCUGUCAGGACACAUUAUUCUGGCAGAGAGGCUGAACUAUGAGGAGAGAACUCGCUACCUAGUUUUGGUCCAAGCAAAUGACCGUGCCCCAUACCCUCCCAACCGUCGGACGGCUACCACCACUCUGACUGUGGACGUUCUGGACGGAGAUGACCUGGGCCCCAUGUUCCUCCCUUGUGUUUUGGUGAACAAUACCCACGACUGCAACCCCAUCACCUACCACGUUGCUAUCCCUGAAUUCACUGAACCGAACAAACUGAACCCACUGAAUGUGACCCCUGCGAUCCGGGCUGUGGACAUGGACAGAAACAUACAGCCCCCAUCAGACAGACCUGGUAUUCAUUACUUCAUCCUGGUUGGUCAUCCAAUCACAUAUCCAGAGUAUUUCUCCCUGAACAGAACCACUGCAGAGCUGCGGGUCCUUCAGCCUAUCAGCAGGGACUUCUAUCAAAGGUUCACACUCAUCAUCAAGGCUGAACAGGACAACGGUCACCCCCUCCCAGCCUAUGCUGACCUCAUUAUCGAAAUCCUGGAUGAGAACAACCAGGCUCCAUAUUUCCAGUUUGCCACCUAUCAGGGCUAUGUGAGUGAGUCCUCCCCCGUGGGUACGACUAUCUCAGCCAGUGCCAACCUCACCGCCCCCCUGGGAAUCAUCGCUCUGGAUAAUGACAUUGAGGAGACGAAAGACCCCAUGGUAAAGAUUACCCUGAAUGACUACACCACGCUCUUUGGCCUGACCCCAACUGGGAUAAUCCGCUACCUGAGGCUCCUCAAACCUGUGGACCGGGAGACGCAGAUGGCCUACACUUUCAGGAUGGUGGCAUCAGACGGCGUCCAGCAGAGUAUCCCAGUGACUGUCAACAUCCUGGUCCUUGAUGCCAAUGACAAUACACCCACGUUUGCCGAGGUCUCCUACAGCGUUGAAGUCUUUACAGACAUGCAGCCGGGGGAGACGGUACUACAGUUAAGAGCAGCCGAUGCUGAUGAGGGGCUGAAUGGCCUGGUGACCUAUGAGAUACUGGCUGGAGCACAGGGAGAUUUCGUCAUUAAUAAUCGCACUGGACGUAUUACCGUAGCGCCCGGCGUCACAUUAACUGUGGGUCGAUCGUACGCACUGACUGUCAAGGCCUCUGACAAUGCUCCCGAGACCCAGAGGAGGAGCUCCAUCACUACAGUGUACAUUGAGGUUCUGCCACCCAACAACCAGAGCCCUCCACGCUUCCCUCUCCUCACCUACAGCCUGGAAGUUAGCGAGGCCAUGAGGAUAGGAGCUAUCCUGCUCAAUCUGCAGGCCACAGACAGAGAAAAUGACCCCAUCACAUAUCGCAUUGUGAGUGGGGAUUCCCAGAAGGUUUUCAACCUCUCUGAAACGAUUGGUCUUCUACUUCUGGACAAGCCUCUGGACAGAGAGACCACUGAUCAGUAUCGUCUGAUUGCCACAGCCUCUGACGGCAACCCUGGUGGGACAUCCACAGCUACUGUGAACAUUCUUGUCACUGAUGUCAACGAUAAUGACCCGGAGUUUAACCUCACCGCACCGGCUAAUUUUACUGUGCGAGAAGAACAAGCAAAUUUUUUCAUAGGACAAGUUGGGGCCACAGAUCCAGAUGCAGGGGCUAAUGGCGAGGUGCGCUACCGGAUUGUAAAUCAUCCCGACUUGUUCAUAAUCAGUGCGAAUGGAAGCAUCUACACAAGAGGGCCUCUGGACCGGGAGCUCAGGAGCCAAUAUGACCUGGUGGUAGAGGCUUCGGACGGGGCAGUGGAUCCACGCCGGACCACCUUGACCCUCUCAAUCCACGUCACAGAUAUCGAUGACAACAGCCCUGUCUUUUCCCAGCAAACCUAUGUGGUGAACGUACCUGAAAACAGUCCAGUGGGAACUUUAGUUCUGAAGCUAAGUGCUUUGGACUCAGACCUCGUCUCCAAUGUCACGUAUCGGAUCAAGACUGAAUCGGCCAGGCAGCUGUUUUCUCUGAACCCCAUCACCGGGGAGUUAGCUGUGCUACAGACUCUGGACUUUGAGAACCUGGCAGCUAUGGGCAUGGGGGCAUCUUAUACUUUUGUGGUGGAAGCUGUCGACCAAGGAGGGGUCAUGCCUCCAGGGCAGGCUACCGUCACGGUCCGCAUCACGGAUAUGAAUGACUUCUCCCCCAUCUUUAGUCAAGACCUGUAUAGGGGUAUGGUGGCACCCAAUGCAGAGAAAGGAACAGUCAUCACUACCGUCUUCGCUGCGGACCAAGACCCACCUGGUACACCGGCCAGUUUUGUCCGCUACAGAGUGGACCUGGACAUGUCACCCUACAGCGGGAGCAUCUUUGAUGUGGAAGAAGAAACUGGACGAGUCAUCACCAAGGUCAACCUCAAUGAAGAGCCCAGUGUCACCUUUAAGUUGUUUGUGAUAGCGUAUGACGACGGGGAGCCGGUGAAGAUGAACAGCACUUUGGUGGAGAUCACCGUGCUUCAGCCUUCUCGCAUCCCAAUCUUCACCCAGGAAGAGUAUAAUUUCCCUCUUGUUAGUGAGCUGGCUCCAUUCGGCACACCAGUGGGAACCAUUCUGGCUGCUGCCAUCAAUCAAACCAUCUUCUACUCCAUUGUGGCAGGAAAUGAACUGGGUCAUUUCCAGGUGAACAACAGGACAGGCGUCAUCUCCACAGCUAAACCCCUGGAUUAUGAAAAUGUGACGAGCUACGUCCUCAGGGUCCAGGCAGACUCGAUGCUGGUUGUCAUGUCCAACCUGCGUGUUCCUUCUAAAACUAACACGGCCAAGGUCUUUAUUGAGCUGCAGGAUGAGAAUGACCACCCGCCCGUCUUCACCAGGAAGCUCUACAUAGGCGGCGUGACGGAGGACACCAAGAUCUUCAGCUCUGUGCUCAAGAUCGUGGCCACUGACAAGGACACCGGGAAUUACAGUGCCAACGCAUACCGCCUGAUUAUCCCACCCACACAAGAGGGUCAGGACAGCUUCGUCAUCGAGACCUACACGGGUAUCAUCAAGUCUGCCCUCAUGUUUCGGAACAUGCGCAGGUCAUAUUUCAAGUUUCAAGUUAUUGCCACAGACGACUACGGGAAAGGUCUCAGUAGCAGUGCCGAAGUAGUGGUUUCCGUGGUCAACGCAUUGGACAUGCAAGUUGUUGUGUCCACUGUCCCUUCCACUUUAGUUGAAGAGAAUAAGGAGCAGCUCAUUAGUAUUCUGGAGCGCCACAUCCAGGACCAGAUUCCAGGUGCCAAAGUGAUUGUGGAGGCAAUUGGGCCACGUCGUCAUGGCGAUGGCUAUGAACUGGAGGACUAUAGUAAGUCGGACCUGAUGGUGUACGCCAUUGACCCGCUUACGAACAGGGCUAUAUCACGCCAGGAGCUCUUCAAAUUUCUCGACGGGAAUGUGCUCGAAAUCAACAAGGAGUUCCAGCCGUACCUUGGCGAGGGCGGCCGCAUCCUGGAGAUCCGCUCUCCGGACAUCGUGGCCAGUGUGAAAAAGGCGGCUCAGGCUGUGGGCUACACAGAGGGAGCCCUCCUGGCUCUGGCCAUCAUCAUCAUCCUGUGCUGCAUCCCCGCCAUCCUCAUCGUCAUGGUCACCUACAAACAGUUCAAAGAGCGACAGGCAGAGUGUGCAAAAACUGCCAGGAUUCAGAUGGCUUUACCACCAGGAGGGAAGGCACCUCCCGCUGGUGCUCCCAGCGCUAACCUCUAUGAGGAGCUGGGCGACAGCAGCAUGAGAAGAGGCUAUGGCAGACAGCAACAGCAACUGCUGAGGCCAUCUCUGCUGAGACCUGAGGAGCUCUCCAUGGAGUCAGGUAUCGACCCGGGCCAGGACUACUACACACAGGACUACUAUAAUUACGACCAAGGGUAUGACCUUCCUCAGUUCGGCAGUCGAAGGAGGCUGAUAUCUCCCAUGUAUGACGAGUAUGGAGAGGUGAUCAUGGAGGAUGAUGGGUAUUACUACAGUCCACAUGGCCCUGAGGGCCGAGGCAGAGGCAGGGGCCGUGGCGGCGUGCGGGGUAGAGGUCCACCUAAGAAGGUCGCGUUUAGCGAUGUGCCGCCAGAGGAGGAAAUCGAACAAGCUGAGCCAGCAGCGGCGGGUGAGCCCUCUAAGGCUGCCAAGAAACUGAAGUCUGUUAUGAAACUCAGCAAACUCCUGGCAGCCAGCAAGAGAGAGCAGCCAUCUGAUGCUGGUCCCUCUGGCCCAUCUUCAUGGAAAAAGGCCAAAAUGUUUAAGAUGUUUGGUGCCGGGAAGAAGGACAAAGAUUAUGCCAAACUGAUGUCAGCCCGCCGCAUUGACAGCCAGGAGAGUCUGACUGACGGACCAGCACUAACGGGACCGAUCGACAGCAAGUCUGAGUCCCGCAGCCGUCUUGGCAAAGUUAUGAAGAAAAUCAAGUUAGGCAACAAGUUGCAGGUCAGGAGGAAGUCGCAGAGUAGUGUGAGUCGUGGCUCGGCCACAGGCAGUGAGAGAGACGAGGAGGCCUCACAGGUUGCCAGUGAGGAUGAAACAAGGUCCAAAGUGUCUAUUAGUGUGACAGAAAGUGAGCCAGAAGCAGGGGCAAGUGGAAGCGGUAAGGAGAAAGGCUCCGAUGAGGAAUCCUCGGAGAAAAGCAGUAUAGACAGAGAUUAUCUGAAAGUAGAUUUAGACCGGGAUGAUGCCAACGAAAGCACAGUGGACUCAGAGGAAGAGCCUGAUGACGAACCGGGGGAUUCUGAUGACGAAAGCAAGUCCAAAUCUGAAGGGGAAGAAAGUGAGAAGGAAUCUGUCAGUGAGAAAGAAUCUGGGACCGAAAAAGAAUCGGAGUCAGAGAAAGAGUCAGAGUCUGAGAGGUCAUCGGCUACGGAGAAAAAAUCUGAAACGGAGAAAGAGUCAGAGUCAGAGGAAGAAUCUGACUCCGAAAAAGAAACAGAGUCGGGAACGGGCACAGAAAAGGGUUCAGGAACAGAGAGGGAGUCUGAAGAGGAAGAGGCUUCAGGGAGUGCUGAAGGAAGGGGGUCUUCUGCCCGCUCCUCCAUGAGAUCAUCAGCUACUGAGGCCAGCAAGGAGAGUAGCUCGUCAGGCACGGGUGGCAGUGGCAGUAGGAGUGGUAGCAGAAAAAGUGAACGUUCAAGUGAGAGUGGUGGUAGUGGUAGUGGAAGAGGUGUUGCAUCAUUAACUGGGUCAAGUGUUAAGUCAUCGCAGAGAACCGGAUCAUCAGGAAGCGCAGUGACAUCAGAGAAGUCCAGUGAAGAGCUCAGUGAGGCCGAGUCAGGGACAGGGACAGCCAGCGAGGCAGAGUCAGAGAUUGAGGGCUCCUCGUCUCGUGGGUCCAGCCAGAGGAAAACGUCUGGGUCAGAGUCCGCUGCAGGCUCUUCUCCGGGCAGUCAGCUGACCGAUCAGAGUUCCCUGGGUAGCGAGGAGAGUUCAGCCGGUUCCCGGUCCACCAGUGGCAGCCGGCGUUCCCGAAAGUCCACCCUGAGCGGCGGACCUGAGGACACAAUCACAGAGGAGAGUGAAGAAGAGGAUGAGGAGGAGGAAAAGAGCAAAGAGUCUGCCAGCGAGCUCAGUGAUGAGACAUCGUCCACGAGCUCCAGUGUGGCAUCUGGAGACCCAGGGCCCUCUGCCCCCUACGCUGGUCCCCCGUAUGGCUCUGAGGUCAGAAGCAUUGGUGAGACCUCUGAGGAGACAUACGGAGGACUGUCCCCUAUCACGGAGGUGGACGAGGACGCCAUCUCCUCGGACAGAUCCUCAGCCAGUGGCUCUGGAUCAGACUCCAGCGGUGCGACAAAGGGCAAAGAAACACGAGCCACGUCAGAUGCUGAUUCAGAGUCUGAAGGAAACUCAACUGCCUUCUAGACAGAUAUAUUGUCUGCUGUGAAGUAAGAGAGAAUAAAAUCAAUUACCCUUGCAUGGGAGUGGAGAAAUAUUGCUUCCCUCUACAGAGUGUUUCAAACAUCCACUUUUUCCUCAUUUCUCCUUCAGAAGGAAAAACUUUGGUGGUUUCCUUCUGCAAAAAAAAUGAUAAUUCAUCUCUCUUUCUUACAUCUUUGACCUAUUCGUCUCUUUAGUGUUUUCUGAGUGUGUUGUUGCUUUUCAUCUAAAAACAUGCACGUGAUUCUGCUGUGAGAUUUUGCAUGUUGCAGCACCAGAUGCUUUGUAUGCUAUGUUUCCUGAUUUUUAGAAUUAUUCCUUUUAGGGAAUGUACCGUACCUCUGCAUUUCAUAGAAAACCUAGGCUCCCCCCACGAAUUCAGUUCAUUCUUCUUUUUUUUUUAAGUUACACAACAGCUCCUGUUUCACAGUUGUAUUAAUGUAAUAAGAGCACUUUGUGAUCCAAUGUCAGUAUUUGGACUACGAAGGAAUCUUUGUUUCAGUACAUGACAGACAAAGUUCUUACAUACACACGAGUAUAAUUCCUGUGGGAUAAUAAGGCAAAUUUGGCAUUUACACAAUUUACACAGAUGCAUUUUUGUAACUUGGGAGAAUACCCUCGGUCAGUACCCUGUGUACAACACAGCUAUCUGCGGUGUUGAGAACUUGUCAUGUACUCUAC